CCGUGGAUGAAAACAAAGCUUUGGAAGCCACGCAGAAACUGAAGCAAGCAUUCACAGCGGAGCGCCGUGCUCGUGUUGCGGCCGAGACUCAACUUCGUGAACUGGAUACAAACAAAAUGUCUAUUCGAUUGGUGGAACUGGCUAAAGACUAUCAAGAUGCGAUUGGUCGAGCUGAGCGGGCAGAAAAGAAAUUAGACGAAGUGCAGUGUGCUUUGAAAGCACGGGAACUGGAAUUCAAAGAGUUACAAGAAUCGCGAUACACGAUUGACAGUCCGGAGGUAACGAAAUUAAUUACAGCCCGAACGGAAGCGGUCGAAGCACGUCAUUUGCAAACAAUUAAAAACUUGCAAGAAAAAUUGGACGAAAGCACUAGUCGUUUCGUCGCACUGGAAGAUGAAUUCCGUUUGGCACUGCGCAUUGAAGCGGAACGCUAUUCAGAGCUGUUCAACUCUUCCGAGGCACUUAAAACACGAACGAGUGAAUUGGAAACAGCCAAUAAAGAUUUACAACAACGUGAAGAAUCCGCACGGCAACUGGUCACGGAAUUGACUGCGGCCAUAAAAGAUCAAAAGUCGAAAGCGGCCAGUCAACAGAAAGCCCAUUUGUUGUUACAGCAUAAUCAGAAGGAACGGAUUGCGACAUUGGAAAAACAUCUGGAAGAGGCCCGUACUCGACUGACAAACAUGGAAAAUCUGAAAGCGGAACAAAAACAACUCAAAGCCGAACUGGCCGCACAAGAAUCGCUCGUGGCCGGACUGCGAGCUGAACGACGCAACUGGAGCGAAGAAUUGGCACAACAGAGUACGUCUUUUCCGAUCCGUUUUUGGACCAGGGCAGUAAUUCUCAGUGAGAAUUUGCUUUAG